AUGGUUAUGCUGCUCUUUAUAAGAACGCCUCGUAAAGAGGUUUUCCCUUGUCACUAUCUUAUUUGUGACAUUUUUACUUAUUUGCUGUUUAUUUUCUUUACAGCCCAUCAAAUAUUGAGUCUCACGGGCAUAAGCUUUGAAAGGAAGAGCAUUAUCGGCUUCGUAGAGUUGACAAUAGUACCGUUGAAGGACAACUUGAGGUAUGUUCGGCUCAACUCGAAGCAGUGUCGUAUAUACAGGGUGUGUCUGAACGACCAGUAUGAGGCAAACUUCCAAUACUGUGAUCCGUUUCUGGAUAUUUGUCAAGCUGACCCUAAUACGAGAUCUCUAGAAAUGUUCUCCCAAUGUCACUUGUCAGCAGCGCAAAGAAUAGACCCUGAUCAUAAUUCUGGUGAACUGCACAUCCAAGUGCCUGAAGAGGCAGCACAUUUGGUUGGUGAGGGUCGCGGACUUCGUAUUGGAAUUGAGUUUUCAUUGGAAUCGCCACAGGGCGGAAUGCACUUUGUUGUGCCUGAAGGAGAGGGCACUUUGGUAGAGAAAUCGGCGCACAUGUUUACCUACGGCAAGUCAGCGCGUCUCUGGUUUCCAUGUGUAGAUAGCUUUGCAGAGCCAUGCACCUGGAAGCUAGAGUUUACAGUCGACGAAAGUUUGACUGCAGUAUCAUGCGGUGAACUGCUGGACGUAGUGUAUACCCCUGAUCAUAGAAGAAAGACAUUCCAUUAUGUUGUUAAUACACCAGCUUGUGCGCCUAAUAUUGCGUUGGCUAUAGGACCUUUCGAAACCUACGUGGAUCCACACAUGAACGAAGUGACGCACUACUGCUUGCCCAACUUGAUGCAGAUAUUGAAAAACACAGUGCGCUAUGUACAUGAGGCGUUUGAAUUCUAUGAGGAGACGUUGUCCACUAGAUACCCUUAUCCUUGUUAUAAACAAGUUUUUGUGGAUGAGACUGAAGACGACUCUACAGCGUACACAACAAUGUCGAUAUUGAGUACACAUCUCCUCCAUUCUAUCGCAAUAAUCGACCAGACUUAUGUGAGCCGCAAAGCAAUGGCUCAGGCUGUCGCAGAACAAUUCUUCGGUUGCUUUAUAACUAUGCAAAAUUGGUCAGAUUUGUGGCUGGCGAAGGGAAUCCCGGAUUACUUGUGCGGGCUGUACUCCAAGAAAUGUUUCGGUAAUAAUGAAUAUCGAUAUUGGAUUCAUCAGGAGUUGCAGGAGGUAGUGGGUUACGAAGAGCAAUACGGUGGUAUGGUGCUUGAUCCGUGGCAGCCUCCAGCAAGCGGCGCUAGGGUCGACCCCAAAGACAUGUUCUACUUCCCUGUUAGAAAUGUUCACACCAUGUCGCCCAGAUAUAUUGAGGUGAUGAGAAAAAAGUCUCAUCUAGUCCUACGUAUGUUAGAACAACGUAUCGGCCAAGAAUUGUUAUUGCAAGUGUUCAACAAGCAAUUGUCGUUAGCAACGAACGCUGCUAAUACAAAAAUCGGUAGCGGACUAUGGGGCCAUCUUCUACUGUCCACUAACUUGUUUGUGAAGGCCAUAUUUACUGUCACUGGCAAGGAUAUGGCCGUGUUUGUCGAUCAGUGGGUCCGGACUAGUGGGCACGCCAAGUUUCAGCUCACUUCUGUGUUCAAUCGGAAAAGAAACACAGUAGAACUGGAGAUACGUCAAGACUGCGUGCAUGAGCGAGGCAUAAGGAAAUACGUCGGGCCCCUUUUGGUGCAACUGCAAGAGCUUGACGGCACCUUCAAACACACGCUGCAAAUUGAGAACACGGUAGUGAAGGCGGACAUCACGUGCCAUAGUAAGAGCAGACGCAAUAAAAAGAAAAAGAUCCCUUUAUGCACUGGGGAGGAGGUCGACAUGGAUCUAUCAGCUAUGGACGAUUCCCCCGUCUUAUGGAUCCGUCUUGACCCAGAAAUGUCACUCUUGCGAGGCACAGUGAUAUCUCAGCCCGACUACCAAUGGCAGUAUCAGCUACGUCACGAGCGUGACGUCACAGCUCAAAGCGAGGCUAUAGACGCAUUGCACAACUAUCCAGAACCUGCUACCAGAAAGGCUUUGACUGACACUAUUGAGAAUGAACAGGCGUUCUAUAAAAUCAGAUGUAGAGCUGCGCAUUGUUUGACCAAGGUGGCAAACGCCAUGAUCAGUUCCUGGGCUGGUCCGCCAGCAAUGUUGACAAUAUUCCGCAAGAUGUUCGGCUCAUUCGCCGCACCGCACAUCAUCAAACAGAACAAUUUCGAUAAUUUGCAGCAUUAUUUCCUGCAGAAGACUAUACCUGUUGCCAUGGCCGGUCUUCGCAACAUUCACGGUAUCUGCCCUCCGGAAGUGGUCAGGUUCCUCCUGGAUCUAUUCAAGUACAAUGACAACUCGAAGAACCACUUCUCCGACAACUAUUACAAAGCAUCGUUGGUUGAUGCAUUGGCUGCUACCAUUACGCCAGUUAUUUCUGUUUUGCAACCUGGUGCACCAAUAACAGCAGACUCCCUGUCAGCGGAUACGAAGCUGGUCUUAGAAGAGAUCACCCGUGUUCUCAAUCUGGAGAAAGUCCUCCCUUGCUAUAAGAAUACGAUAACUGUAAGCUGUUUACGCGCAAUCCGACGAUUGCAACAGUGCGGCCAUUUGCCGAGUAUACCCACGAUAUUUAGAGCUUACGCACAGUAUGGGAUGUAUAUUGAUGUGCGACUCGCUGCUUUUGAAUGUCUAGUAGACUUCGUACGAGUGGAUGGAAAGCCAGAAGAUUUGGCAUCGUUGCUAACGGCAGUGGAAAGUGAUCAAGACCCUGGUGUGCGACAUGGCUUAGCGAGACUGCUUAUUAACAAUCCGCCGUUUGAGCGAGCGCAGAGACAUCGCCUGGAUACUGAAUCUGUGGUGCAUAGGCUAUGGAACAACAUAAACAGCCAUCUAGCAAACGACGCAAGACUGAGAUGCGAUCUCGUUGAUCUCUACUACACGUUAUACGGACUGAAAAGACCAAUAUGCGUUCCGUUACCUGAAAUACAGGCUAUGAUGAAACAGAUGCACAAUAAGGAACGCGAGAGAUUGGAAAGGGAGAGGGAGUUGCAGAAAGAGAAAGAGAGACAGAAGGAAUUGGAGUCACAACCCGUUAUUAAGCAGGAGAUUGAGGAUGUAAAAUACGAGCCAGAAAUAGGCCCUCUAGAAGAGUUGCCGCCGGUGCCCCUGAUACCAGAUCUCAAAGAUGACAAUUUACCUGUGCCUGUUUCCAGUAUAAAAGAGGAGGAAAUCAAGAUUGACGUCACUUCUGUUCAGGAUAUGCCUAUUCGAGUCUACAGUGAUGACUCAAAAAGGGAAUUCAUCUCGGACAACGCGGCGCCGUUGCCAGGUAUCCCAGGAACGUCAGGGCCUAUUGGCUUCGAACCGGGCAUGUUCAGGCAUGACAAGGAACUGGACUUGAGUGGACCGAAGGCCAAAAAGAAGAAGAAGGAAAAGAAGAAGCACAAACAUAAGCACAAGCAUAAACAUAGCAGUAAAGACAAGUCUUUCAAAGACAAAGAUAGAUCUCUGCCACCACGACCGGCGUCUAGUACUGAUCAUUUGAAAAUUAAGGAAGAGACUCGAGAGACUCUUAGUUCGUUCAGCUCCAGCCAAAGUCCCUCUGAAGAUAUGUCGACUAUGCAAUCUAAUAUGAGUUUCUAGAUUAGCAUUUAUUUAUACGUUUAGCAGCAAAACAGUGUCGAUGAUAUCUAGUCAAAUGACUGAGAAUAUUUUUGAAGAACGUGUUCACACAUUAAAAAAUUAUCUUCUUUCUUUUUGACGAAUUAGGGUUGCGAACUAACAAGGAUGUGAUAAAGUCCACGAAGUGCGCAGUCCAGGUGGUACACGUAAUUUAAAUUCCUAUGCAUUGGAUGCAACUUUGUUAUUGUUUCGAUUGGGAAGACGAAAUAUAGGCCUGAUGGUCUAUUUAGAUAAAGAUAGAUAAUAUCAGAAGAACUGGCAAUAAGGCUGAGUGGCACAAAAUUCAAUAGGCAUGACCUGUUAUGUUCGGCAAAAAAAAAAUUAAAAGCUUGGCAUGUGCGCCGAUCGUAAAAUCGUCGGUGCUGGCGUAAUCGGCGUGUGAUCGGUGUGAAAUCGCCGUGGCACAUAUUUUUCAGAUGUUUAACAGAAACACAAACGUAGUUUUAUAUCAAUAUUUGUAUUAAUUUUCAACCUUUUUUACACCGUAAGUUGUACUUUAGCAAGUAUGUAGUUAUUGUAACGAAAACUAAUGCUCUUAAAGACGUUAGUUAUGGCACACAUUUCCAGUGUGGGCUAUACGGACAAAAACCUUGGUCUCUAUGGUUUUUUUAAGGAUUUGCACUGAAUUUGCCCAUAAAAGAACAUAUCUGCCGUUAAAUUCUGCAGGUGAAAGGCAAAGGACAUUAAAGGUCCAUAUCGGAAUUGAAAUGUUUUUACAAAUAUUACUUUAGUGUGUUAAAAUUUUAACCAUUUUUAACAGACAUUAUGUCCUAUCGUCGUAUGUUUUUUAUUUAACAUAUAUUUGACCUUAAGGCUCAAGUUACAUUACGGCGUUACGGAAGCGUUAAUCUUGAGCAUUCGCGAGUUUUCUCGCAACUGCGCCUUGAGUCUGUAGUAUUUCGUCGACGUUUGACGUCACAUUGCUUCUGCCUUCGCGCCACUUCCCGCGGAUUUACCAGGCGUUGCCGACGCGAGAACUCCGCGGAAGAUGCUUGAUGUGAUUUUUGGCUCAUACUUAUAUAGGUAUAUUUUCAUAGUUUGUUCGUUACACAAUUGACCAUAAAGUUCACUAGUCUAUGUACAAUAGGUAUCGUUCCAAAAAAUACCUAUCAUUCCGUUCCGCCGUAAUAAAAAUUGAGCCUAAGAUUUUAAAUGUCUAAUUAAGAGUCUAUUAUCUUUAAAACGCUCCGUAGUAAAAAUCACUAUUUGGUAUUUGAGGUUCUUCACCUCUCACCUACAGAAUUGAACCUUAUACACGGUUAUUUGAAAAUAUAAAUAUCUCGCAGGAUCAUACUACUAAUAUCAUAAACAACAGGUUUUGUUCUAUGACUUUUUAUAAUUCAUCAGAUUUACAUUCGUAUACAAUUCAUAUAGUAUAAUGUACAGAUAAUACAGCGAAAUUUUAGAAGUUUAUUUUUGGUAAACUUAUUACCUUUUACUUCCUUGAAGUAACGUUGCUAUUUAUGAUUUUAAUAAUAUUAUAGUCCUGUGAGGUUCUUAGUAUCGGCAUGCUAUGAUGGCUGUUUUGAGGUUUGUCUGCUCAUCAUGUAUCGUAUUAAUUCAUAACUACGUUGAAGGAGCUAAAUUGCUAUACAUUGUUGUCAAUAGUGACGUGCAGUAAAAUUUAUGGACACAACUCGGCAUUUGUUUCUCUAAAUUCGAAAUUUAAAAAAAUGAAAUUUAUUACGAUCGUAAUUUAUAGGAUCGCUGUCCAGCCCAACUUCUACUUCCUGCAAACUCGCGUCGAAGCUUAGUGCAAAACAAAGCAGUUUCGAAUUGACGAUAUAUUAAGUAAAUAUUUUUAUUUUCGUUUCAUUAAAACUUUUUAAUCAGCUACCCCUUGCAAUACUAGUUAUAAAAAUCUAAAAACUUAUAGAAGUG